GCUUCCUCUCUGAGGCAGGGCUUGGCUUCCCAGCCCACUGAGCAAGGCGAUGCUGCUCACAGUGAAGAGGCUGCUUGGGCAGCAGUGCCGCCUCCAGGUAUCCGGUGAGGAGAGGAUCUCUCUGGUGAAGAGCCUGGUGUCAGAAGAACUGAAUGUCCCAGAGAGCCAGCAGACCCUGUUGUUCCAGGGCAGAGUACUGGAGGGGGAGCACAGGUUAUCAGACUAUCCCAUUGGGCCAGAAUCCAUCCUCUAUCUGGUCAUUAAAAAACCUGAGCAAACUUGUCUUGAGGAACCCCCAAAGCCAGUCCGUGCCCAGCCUCACUCAGUAUGGUAUCGACUCUCCCAGGUCCUAGAGAAGCACUUCAGAACUUCUGAUGCAGUAAGGGUUCUUGAGAGAGUGCUGAAUGACUACUAUAGAGGACUUGGCCUGCUCAGCCUGGAAAACAUAGAAGAGUUGGCAAGAUACAUUCUGCACCCCACGGAAGCCGAUGGUGAGCCAGGGACUAAAGGUGACCUCCCGCAGCAGGAGCAGCAGCCUAAGGCCCCAAUGUCUGUAACAAAGAAGGAACAAGCGACCCAGACUGAGCCACAACAGUUCCUGGAAGGAAGGCACCGAUGGAAGAACUCUGAAGAGAAGACUUCUAGAAAGGUCUGAACCUGGAUCUUCAGAAUAAAAAGUGAAGAUGCAAGAAGCAUAGAAAGAGGGGUGCCUUUGUACCUAGGGGGAGGUGUGAGUAAAUAGCAGAGGAAUCAACAUAUUGUACAGAAAAGGCCAGUGCUUCAGCUGGGAUAAAAAAAAUAGUGUUGCA